UGCUAGAGGCCGGUGACUCUGCCACUCAUUCCGCCCUUCCCUGUACUUCCGCCUCUGUGUCAGGCUGUAUUCAGGUUAUUGCGCUCGCCUUACCUGGAUGUAACCGGGGAGCGAAGGGAAGCGAGAUUAAGAAGGUAUUCUUCACAAUAAGGAUUGAAAGUCUUAACUGCAAGAAGAACAUCUAACACCUAAUGAAAACAAUGUACUAAUAAAGCAUAUAAAAUAUAGUUAAAUCUACAAAAAUGAGCGAAGAAGAGUUCUAUGAUGCUGUCACAGGCUUAGAAUCUGAUGAGUCUUGUGAAGGCAGUAGAGAACUGAAUUACAAAUCCAGUGAGUUUAUUAUUGAAGACAACCCACAAGGAAAGAAUGGCACACAGUUACAAGAAAAUGGAAUUAGGAAACGGCGGGCUACCUUGCCUGCACCCAUGUUUUCAAGAAGUGAUUUUAGUGUGUGGAGCAUACUAAAGAAGUGCAUUGGACUUGAACUGUCUAAAAUAACAAUGCCUAUAGCUUUUAAUGAACCACUGAGUUUUCUGCAGAGAAUAACAGAGUACAUGGAGCACACAUACCUCAUUCACAAAGCUAACAUGCUUUCUGAUUCCGUGGAAAGAAUGCAGGCAGUGGCAGCUUUUGCUGUUUCUGCUGUUGCGUCUCAGUGGGAGAGAACAGGAAAACCAUUUAAUCCAUUACUAGGAGAAACAUUUGAACUUACACGCGAAGACCUAGGUUUUCGGCUUAUAUCUGAGCAAGUCAGUCACCACCCUCCCAUUAGUGCUUUUUAUUCUGAAGGUCAAAAUAAGGACUUUAUUUUCCAUGGGUCAAUCUAUCCAAAACUCAAGUUCUGGGGGAAGAGUGUAGAAGCAGAGCCAAAGGGAACAAAUACACUAGAACUGCCCCAACAUAAAGAAGCCUACACAUGGACAAAUCCUUCUUGUUGUGUACAUAAUGUUAUUUUAGGAAAACUUUGGAUUGAACAAUAUGGGACAGUUGAAAUAGUUAAUCACAGUACUGGAGAGAAGUGUAUUUUGUACUUCAAACCUUGUGGACUGUUUGGAAAAGAACUGCACAAAGUGGAGGGAUACAUACAGGACAAAAAUAAGAAGAAGCUCUGCAUUAUCUAUGGAAAGUGGACAGAAUGUAUGUGGAGUAUAGACCCCAACACUUAUGACACCUACAAAAAGACUGAGAAAAGGGGAGUUGAACCACGGAAAACUAAAACGAAUGAAGAAAUUGACAAAUCUGAAAAUGAUGAGGCUGAUGACAUGCCUGAAGUUCAAGAAACUGUGCAUGUGGUACCUGGAAGUAGGCUGCUUUGGAGGAUAACUUCUAGGCCACCAGACUCUGGAAAGAUGUACAAUUUCACACAUUUUGCUGUCACUCUAAAUGAACUGGACUCAGAUAUGAAAGAUUUAUUAGCACCAACUGAUUGCCGUUUACGCCCUGAUAUUCGAGCAAUGGAAAAUGGAGACAUGGAGUUUGCAAGCCAAGAGAAAGAGAGGUUAGAAGAAAAACAAAGAGCAUCUCGUAAAGAACGUGCUAAAAGCGAAGAGGAAUGGGUCACAAGGUGGUUCCAGCUUGGCACAAACCCUUACACAGGACUGCAGGAUUGGAUUUAUGCAGGAGGGUAUUUUGAUAGAAAUUAUACUAAUUGCCCAGAUAUUUACUAAAAUGAACUUCAUUCUGCAUGGUUCCAAUUUAAGCGGGGAGUAUGCUCAGAUUAAUCACUUAUGGAUUGUAAUUUACUCAUGCCAUAGUUAUGUUUGAGUAGACCCAUCUUGAUGGUGAGAAGAGGUUUCCAAAUCAGGGAUUUCAAUAAGCAUACGCUAACCAGAAGGUUAUAGUGAAAUACUGCUAUUAAACUCUUUAUAAGGAUUUGCAUUGAGGAUUUUAUUUAGGUGUGUUUUGAAGUCUUUUUCAUUUUGAACUGCCUUCAAUAAAAACAAUAAACAAUUUCUAACAUCAUAAAAUUAACCUAGAACAGAGUUUACUACAUGCUAUUAGGUUUCUGCUAUCACUUCAGUACUGGAAAAUAGUGCACAGUUUAGUAAAAAGCCCAAUAGUUUUAAAACUGGCAGAAACAUUACAUCAGCUAAGAACAGCAGCAUGGCUCCGUGAGGUGACACAGUUGAUUCAUUUAAGACAAACAUGUGAAAUAUCUUUUUUUCUGCAGGUCAGAGUUUAGGUCAGACAAACUAAUAAAGUAACUGUGUGCAUUAAACAGGGAUGAGUGACCUUUUGAUUCUGAAACUCCUAUCAUUUUUAAAUUUGGUCAUGCAAAUGUUAGUACCCUGUGCUAAAUUCAUUUUACCUCUUGUACAAUAUCAAAACAAUCUUAUGACACUUUUAAAAACUUGCGUUCACAUAAUCAUUUGUAAUACUGAAAUAAAUGUUAGACUUCAGUUAAGUAAGAGAUGAUAUAAUAUAUAUGGUUGUUGUCUGUGAAAGCAGCCACAAGCAAUGGUGUACAGUAUAAUAAGGUACUCAUGAUAAGCAGCAUGUGGUAGCAUCACCAGCAAAACAGUUUGGCCAGUUUAGCUUUUUUUUCCAUUCAGCAUGUAUGAAGCCUUUUGUAAAGAUUGAGUUUUUUUUUUCUCAUUAUCAUUCUGAAUGCCCAGAUUACAAUUUAGUAGUGAGUUGAAUUUCAUGGCAUUUGCAUACAACAGCCUAAAGAAUAAAGUUGUAUCAGUAAAUCUACUAUUUAGUUAAUAGGUUUGACUGCAUAUAUUAAUACAAUCCUCACUGAAAUAUGUAGUCCCCAAGCCACCCCGCAUAUAAAAAUGAAACGAGUUAACAACUGCUGGCAUUAAAUAAAACGUUCAGGUCCAUCAGUAUGUUUUUAGCUCAUUGGAACUACUGACAGAAGUGUUUGUGUGAAUGGAAAGUGCAAACUAGACAGAUGUGUCUUUUGUAUAAGUGUAUUGUUACCAGAAAACAAGUUACAUAUUUUAACACCAUAUUUUAUGUGAUUUUAAUUGUCACAUAAAACUGUGAAGUGGUAUAAUAUUUAUUCAAACGUUUGCAGUUUAUCAAUAUAUGGGUCACGUACUGUAUAUAUUAUGAAAUCUUUAUUAAAUAAUAUAUCCAAAUGCACACACAUGUAUGUUCAAAAUUACAAAAACAGAAGUAUUGUGAUUCAUUAUUAUGGCAAACUAUAGGCAAAUACAUAAAAAAAUGAAAAGAUUAGUUCUAAUUAAAAAAAAGAAAAUACAUACAGUUUACCUGCAUGGAUGAACACAGUUUAUUUAGUAGGCAAGUUGCGGUAUUUCUAUCCUUAAUAAUCAAGUUAAAAUGUGUACAUAUUUCUAGUAUUACCAUUAUUUGAUUUAAAGCUAAUCAAUAUUUUAAUCAGAGUAUUAUCCAGAAUUUUAAGUUUUACAUAGGUAACAAAUAAUUUAAGGGCAAUUUAUUCAUGAGAAUUAUACUAGUUACAUUCCAUAUCUGAAUUAUGUAAAAAGGUUGGCUGAGCAGUUAUAUUGUUUUAUAAUAUAACACACAUACAUUGGAAAGCUGUUAAAUCUGAACAAGGGGACUUCGGGAGAAAACAAAGAUCACUUUCAGCAACAUUGUGAUGUUUUUAUUUGUUGUUAUAAAAACCACGGCAUUAGUUUUUAGAUAAAAUAUAUUUUAAAAUAUUGCCAAAAAUAAACUAUGCAAAAUAUAAGCAUGUAUUUCUGUUAAAAUGUAAAAACAUGAUGUAAAUAGAUUUGUCUUUUUUUUUUUUUUUUUAAUUCUAUCAGAGAAGCAUUUGGUUUAAGAAGUUUACCCAAACAUACACCACAUUACAAUACAUAAAAUGUAUUGAAAUUUGGGCAAUUCAGAAACCUUUUGCAGACAGACAGAUAAAUAAUAUUGUUAUGCAUUCAUUAGAUAGAAAUAAACAAUAAAUUAUGCCCUGUGCAAAUAUUGAGCAACCUAUGUAAAUAAAUUCAUGUGCAAUCAAUGAAAAAAAAUGGAGUUUAUUUCAAGACACACAGCUUUUGACUUUAGGUUACUGGAACUUUGUUUCCCGUUUUUUCAUUAAUGUCAUGAAUAGAAUGUAAAUGUGAUAAGAUUGACUAUUGCUGUGCUGUUGCCUGUUUUCAUUUGUGACCACACAUAACCAAACAGUACAAAUGGGUCCUUCAGUAUCUUUUGUAAUUCUGUGUAAUUUUGAUUACCUUUAAGAUGGCAAUAAGAAAAGGUGAAAGAAAUUUUGAACCUAUGUUUCCAUGUUAUAAUUUUUUAUUUGUAGUACUGCCCCAUUUCAAACUGGAAAAGGCACAGGCCUGUUCCAAAAAUAAGUAACACACUAUGUUUGGUUUCUUUAUUUACCAAGAAAGGUCUAUGGAUUGUAGUAAAUAAAACGUGCAAUAUUUUGUAAUUCCUUAUCAACCUAAUCAGACAUUAAUCAGAAAUGGCAGUUCAUUAAAUUCUUGUGCACUACAAAUAAAAGCUGGGUAGGCUCACCUACUUUUAUUAUGGGGCAGUUUAACACUAAUUUUCUGUUUUGCUUUGGAUCUCAUUAGUUGAUAAGAGUUGUGCUGGUCUUAUCAAUAAUACAUUUUAGGUCAAAUGAAAAAAUAUCUCUUUUUUUCAUAAAUUGGUUUAUUUUUCUAGUAUUUAACUAUUUCCAGAGCCCAUUCAUCAGAAAUAAUAUUCCACAAUGAUUACAAUAGGUCUGGGUUAUAAUUCUCAAAAAAUAGGCAGUUAAAUGUAAAACAAUUUAGUAUACAAGAAUGGAACUUUUGAAAAUAAAUCUUUUUAAAUAAACAUAAUGGUGAACAAAUA